AUGACUCAGGGAAAACUUCGGCGGGUGUCGCCACCUCGUAAAGCAUCCUUCCCGGUGCGAGCAUGGCCCGAGGAUGUCAGCGGAACGAUCGCCAGCCCCUGGGGCAACCAGUAUGACUACUACGACCAGUCGGGACCGCAGGUGUUUCGCUUCGAUCAACGCGUCGACCACCACCGACCGGAACCGGCCGUUUCGCGGCCCAGUGCCAUCAACUGCCGGUGCAAGAAACUGCGCUACUGUACCAAGAUACUGGAAAUGCUACGGAGCCCCAAGUCGAGCUACGGGAACUUCAACUCGAAGCUGAAGCAACUCGCCUGCGGGUACGGCACCGACAACGAGCCGAACGUAUGCUGUCCGCUCGAUGACAGCUGGCUGCAUGAUGUGGAUUACGGCGGGGAAAGCGAGGAUCACGACGACGGGGACGGUAACUACUCGUACGACUCUUCGCAGGCGAUCGGCUGGGAUGAAGGCUACACCAACCGAAAGCACGAGCGCUGGUCGAAGGACCAUCCGACCGAGCGGCCAAAGUAUGUACCGAUGUCACGAAAGCGUGGCCAGUCUGUAAUCCAGCGCGGCAAACAGACCGGUGCGUCGGGUGGACAGAACACAAUCGCUCAGUUUGAGGAUCCGAAAACGAUGAAAAACUGUCCACCGGUGAUCUACCCCGGCUACGAUUCCGAACGCCCCACCAAGGUCUACAUAGCGCCCAUCAUGCGGACCACCACUACCACAGGACGACCCGCUGUAACCGUUGGGUCGGGCAGGGUGCGGCUGGCGGGUAUCACUACCACGGUGCCGGCCAUUCCUACCACAAAUCUGCCGGCGACGACCACGGAAUCGGUGGGCACGGUAUUGCCCACGGUAUUGCCCGAUGCACCGACGGUCAAUACACCACUCUGUGGGCUUUCAGUUAACACGAGGAUCAUUGGUGGUGAAACCGAAGUCCCGGGUCAGUUCCCGUGGAUGGCACGGUUAGCGUACCGCAAUCGAACCUCCGGACGGGUGACAUAUCGCUGCGCAGGAUCACUGAUCACCAAUCGGCACGUCAUCACGGUGGCCCACUGCGUUACGAAUCUGAUCGACGAGCUCGAAAUCGUCAGCGUUCGGUUGGGCGAUCUGGAGUGCAAUGCGGUGACGGAUCCACGGUGCAGCGCCCGUUACCAGGACUUUGCGAUCGAGCGGAUUCUACCGCACGGUAACUACGAUACCCCGAAGUACGCCAACGAUAUCGCGCUGAUCAAGCUGCUGGAGACGACCGAAACGUACAACAUCAUCAGCCCGCUGUGUCUGCCCAUGGACCAGUACGCACCGUACGCGCUGAACCUGACCGGCCAGAUGGGCAUCAUAGCCGGCUGGGGAUCGACCAACAAUCGCAGUAACGUGCCGAGCCCGACGCUACAGUGGCUCCGGUUGCCGAUCGUGGAUACGACGAGGUGUGCCGGGGCAUACGCCCGCUACAGCGUCAACUCGCGCAAUCCGAUCAUCGUAUCCGGCAACCAGAUGUGCGUGCAGGGCCAGGAGAACCGAGACGCCUGUCAGGGCGAUUCCGGCGGACCGCUGAUGAACGAAGCCGUGUCCACGCGCGAUCGCUUCGUCCUCCUGGGGCUGGUGUCGUUCGGACCGCGUUCUUGCGGGGUGUCGAACUUUCCCGGGGUCUACACGCGCAUUUCGUCGUACAUCGAGUGGAUAUUGGCCAACCACCACGAGCGCGAAUCGGUGAUCUUCUAUCGUCUGAUCGUCACGAUUCCGCGGCGCUUCGUAGUUACUCGCAGAGCUUCGAACGGGCAAGACGUAACAACAGCGAUGAGCGUGGGACCUAGGAACUUGUUUUUGUCGUGCCUGCUGCUGGUGAUACUAAACACGGUCUCGGCUCAACAAUGCAACAUGCCGGACAGUGGGAUAGGCCAGUGUAUAUUGCUGCGCGAUUGCAAAACUCUAUACACGUUGAUCCAGAAGAAACCACUGCUCGAUGCCGAUCGGGUCUACCUGCAGCGAACCCAGUGCGGUUGGUCGGCGGCCAAGAAUCAUCCGCUCGUCUGCUGUGCGGACGGAGUGCAGGCUCCGAUCCGUGUUGGUGCGGAGCUUCUUCCGGCCCCGGGCCAGUGCGGCAUCCAGACCAGCGACCGUAUCUAUGGUGGGGUCAACACAAAAAUCGACGAGUUUCCGUGGCUCGCUCUGCUCAAGUAUGAAAAACCAAACAACGUUGCCGGUUUUCACUGUGGCGGGGUGUUGAUCAACGAUCGCUACGUUCUGACUGCUUCUCACUGCGUCAACGGGAAAGAUAUACCGGUUACCUGGAAUCUGUCCGAGGUGCGGUUGGGUGAGUGGGACACCGCCACGGUGCAGGAUUGCGAAGGUUUGGGUGACGAUGUCGACUGUUCGCCGCCACCCCUGGACAUUGCGAUUGUAGCGAAAAUCCCCCACCCGGAGUACGUGCCGGCCUCCGCGGAACAGUACAACGAUAUUGCACUGUUGAGGCUACAGACCGUGGUGGCGUUUUCGGACUUCGUCAAACCGAUCUGUCUACCGGUGGCCAGCGACUUGCGAACGAGAAAUUACGUUGGAUUCCGGAUGCAGGUGGCCGGAUGGGGACGUACGGCCACGGCACGGUUCAGCACGGUCAAGCAAAAGGUUGCCGUCGAUGGGGUGACACUGGAUGCGUGCAACCAAGUGUAUCAGAGGGAGCGAGUCACGUUACGAUCGACGCAGUUGUGCGCCGGUGGCGAGCAGGGAAAAGAUUCCUGCCAGGGUGAUUCCGGUGGCCCAUUGACGGCUAUUCAUACGUCCGGGUCGAUUCAGUACUGGUACCUGAUCGGACUGGUCUCGUUCGGACCGACCCCCUGUGGGCAAGCUGGGUGGCCGGGUGUCUACACGAAAGUCGACCAGUACGUGGACUGGGUGACCCAGACGAUCGUUGCAUAAGCAACGUAGAGGUAGAAUUUUACUAUCACUCCCACAUAGCUCUUCCCGGCUGAAUAAAGUUACGCAUACAUUACGAGUA